AUGGUCAAGCUUGCCGAGUAUCCUCGUACAGCUACGUUUGCCUGGUCACACGAGAAAGUUCCAUUGCUCGCCACUGGGACAGCCGCGGGAACUAUCGAUGCUGAUUUCUCAAGCGAUUCGAAACUGGAAUUAUGGUCGUUGCUAUCCCCAAACCCCACGGAACCAUUGGGCACUAUCACCGCAGAUGCUAAAUUCAAUGACCUGGAUUGGUCUUACGACAACAAUAUCUUAGCUGGUGCACUUGACAAUGGCGCAGUGGAAUUUUUUUCUCCAAAGGACUACAAUUCAGUCGCAAAAAUCACCAAGCAUACGAUGCCCGUGAAUACUUUGCGAUUCAAUGCCAAGCAAGCUAAUGUGUUGUGCUCCGGUGGCAGUAAUGGAGAGUUGUAUAUUUGGGACACAAACAAGAUUACUACUCCUGGCUAUGUUCCAUUCGUACCGGGGACGGCUAUGACACCAAUCGAUGACAUUUAUUCUUUGGCGUGGAAUCAGAACCAGUCACACGUUUUCGCAUCUGCAGGAGCCUCCGGAUUUGCAUCCAUAUGGGAUCUCAAGGCAAAGAAGGAAGUCAUUCACUUGAGUUACACAUCACCAGUGACAGGAUUAAAAAAUCAACUUUCGGUUGUGGAGUGGCAUCCAAAUAAUUCCACGAAAAUUGCAACUGGUAGUGGAUUUGACAAUGAUCCCGUGAUUCUCAUCUGGGAUUUGAGAAAUGCAAAUGCCCCCCAACAAGUGUUAUCAAAUGGUCACACCAAGGGAAUUUUGUCUUUAGAUUGGUGUAGACAAGAUGAAAAGUUGAUGUUAUCCAGUGGUCGCGACAACACUUGCAUGCUUUGGAAUCCCGAGCAAGGCCAGAACUUGAUUCAGUUUCCAACUCGGGGCAAUUGGUGUUUUAAGACAAAAUUUGCGCCAGAGGCCCCAGACUUGUUUGCCUCUGCUUCUUUCGACAACAAAAUUGAAAUUCAAACUUUACAGAAUUUAACAACAAAUCUAGACCUCGAAGAAGAUGUUCACAAACAGCGGGAGUCAGAAACAGAGUUUUGGACUCAUGUAUCAGAAAAGGAUUCCAACGAAAAGCCGAUCGUUAACAAGCUUCAAGCUCCGUCAUGGUACGGUAAUAAGUCUCCAGCAGCUCAAUGGGCUUUUGGAGGCAAAUUGGUUUCAAUUACAGGGGGUGGUAAAGACGUAACGAUAUCAAAACCUUCGAUUCCAGGUAUUGAGAAGAAUUUUAUGUUAGAUGACGCGCUUAAAUCCAAAGACUUUAAGCCAAUCAUCAACAAACGUUUGGCUCAAAGCAUUGAUGAUGUGAACGAAGAUGACUGGAAUUUAUUAGAGAAGUUAUCUAUGGAUGGAAAGCAAGCUUUCUUGGAGGAAGCAUUUGCAUUAGAUGAUGAGGAAACGGAAAAGAAGAAUGAUGAUGACGGUGAUGACUUUUUCAGCAGUUUGAAUGAAAAGUGCGUGCCAGAAGGUCCUUUCCGUCUUGAGACUGAUGAAAAGUCAGUAGCAAUGAUGAAAAGUUUAUUUGAACGUGAUUUCAAAUCCUCUGUCACUUCUUGCUUGGAGCAGGACCUACUUCUAGAAUCACUAGUGAUUGCUCUAGAUUCAGAUGACGAUACUUUGAAACAAAAAGUCAAAAAUGCCUACUUUUCUAAGUACGUCAAGGGUUCUUCGCUAGCUAGGGUACUUUACUCCUUUUCAGAAAGAAAUGUGGAAGACUUAGUGAAGAAUCUUGAAGUCGAUCAAUGGAAGUUUACUGCAAAAGCCAUUUUUACUUAUACUUCGGAUUUGUCAAAGAGGAACGAACUUUUGGUAGAGUUGGGUGACAAGGUUCUUGCUUCGGAUAAUAGGCAAGAUGCGCUAGUGUUGUAUUUGGCUGCCCAUUCCCUUGAUAAGGUCGCUUCGAUUUGGUUGAAAGACUUCAUGUCACUCGAAAGUAAAUUGAAAUCCAAAAAAGAGACGGUCUAUGAAGCUCAUUUGGAGUGCUUGACUGAAUUUGUCGAAAAGUUCACUGUCUUUUCAAGUUACGCAAAUGAUGGAGGUGAUUAUUCCUUGACAAAUGAAGAAUUGAUUUCAAAAUUCCUUGAGUUUGUAAACUUGACAUCAGCAAGUGGGGAUUUCGAUCUUGCGCUUGAAUUUUUGGAUACUCUACCAAGUGGAAACGAAGAUGUAGCAACGGAGAAGCAACGUGUUUUGAUAGCAUCUAAUAAGUUGCCAUCCUCAACUUCAAAGUCUAAGAACGCAAGAUACGCAACCGCUACCGCAAAUUUGUCCACUCCAGGUGCAACUAGCGUCCCAACAAUGCCACCUACCGGUAUUUUACCACCACAGGGCCCUGCCGUAUCGACUUAUUCACCAGCUUCGCCAUUCAGUCAACCAGCCGCACUAAAUUCACGUAAUGCUUCGUUCGCUGCAACCACUUCGAGUUCAAUCAAACAAAACCCAUAUGCGCCCCCAGCAUCUCAGAUUUCAAGUAUCCCCAGCAAGUACGCACCAGCCGCGAACUUGUCGCAAGCCCCAGCACCUUCCUUUGCUCCACCGGCUAAUAAUAUGCCUGCUAACCCUUAUGCUCCUGCCUCCACAAGAGCUUCUGCAGCACCUGUCAAUAGUUCAUAUGUCGCCCCACCGCCUCAAACGUUUGGUGCUUCUCCAAUACCUGUUGCCAGUGUAAUUCCUGCAACUGCAGCACACUUAAAUGAUCCCGAUGCGUUUUUGCCACCUAUAUCUCCAAGCACAUCUGGUCAAACUCCUCAUUUGAAUAGAAAAGCAAACGACGGGUGGAACGAUUUACCACUUGAUGUCAAAGAAAAGCCAACUCGUGCCAAGGCGGUGUCCGUUGCACCUGUUAGCGUGAAUGUAUCACCCAACCUUGCGUCAACAGCUAACUUACCACCUAAUUCCACCUCUCUACCUCCUCCUCCUUUAUCAAGAGUAACAUCUGGUGCAAAUAUUGCAACUCCUUUGCCUCGUAAGGUCAGUGCUAAAUCUUUUACACCUCCUGCCUCCAUCACCUCACCUCCACAGCUCAAUCCUUAUGCUCCACCUACUAAUAGUGCUGCUGCUCCCGCUCCAAUGCCUACCAAUCCGUAUGCUCCCCCUACACAAAAUCCAUAUGCGGCCUCCCAGCCAGUAUCUGUGCCUCCCCCAGUCACUACUCCAUAUGGCAUAGCAUCGCCUGCCAAUGGGACAGGCUACAUCGCCCCACCAAAACCGGUAGUUGGCCCACCACCAAAAACGAUGAAUAGAAAGUCCCAUGCAUCCCAUGAAGUCAAUUCUGCGAACACUUUACUAGAGUCUGUACAGCAUAUUUCCGAAGCUCCCACUCCUCAACCGGUUCCAGCCGCCAGUACUUCCAAUCUAACCAGCAGCUCGUCUGUACCACCGGCUGCUGUUGGUAUUCCCGAGAGUCAACAGCCAAUCGUUGAUUUUCUAAGCAGUGAAUUGGCUCGUGUAGCUCCUUUGAUACCGCAAGAAUAUACAAAGCAGUUAAAGGACUGUAAAAAGAGGUUAAACAUUUUAUUUACUCAUCUGGAAACACAAGAUUUGUUGACUCAACCAACUGUUGAUAAAUUACAUGAGAUAGUUUCGUUAAUGAAGGAGCACAGAUACGAAGAGGCGAUGAAAGUUCACGUGGACAUUGCAACUAAUCAUGCCCAAGAAGCUGGGAACUGGCUAACCGGCGUGAAAAGGCUGAUUGGAAUCGCCGAAGUUACAUCCAAUUAG